UUCUAAUUCAUUUUCUGCCAGCUGGGUAAACCGUAGAGGUUAUGGAAAAUUGUUAUUGAUCUAAAAAUUACUUUUAAGACUGAAAUUUGUAUUAAAAUGAAGAUUUACACAAACGAAAACAACACUUCUACGUUAAAGCUGCUUAUUGCGGCUAACUUAGCGGGGAAGAAAGUGGAACUUGUCAGCGCUUCGUUCGAAGACGAUGUAUUCGCAGGGCCGCGCCAGCUGCCCCUGCUGGAGGUGGACGGCAACCUGGCCUUCUUCUCCAGCAACGCUGCAGCAUCAUACCUGUUCCCCGUGCUUGAUUUGUCGGAUGAUGGACAAAGCGAACAGAUGCAGGAGUGGGAGGCGACGCGGCUGCACCCGGCCGUGGCCGCCGUGCUGACUGCCAAGUCUGUGGCCUCGGACCUCAAGCAGGCGCUGCAAGCGUUGCUCUCCACUGUAGACACCAACUUGGCCAAACACAAGUAUAUUCUAGGGGACAAACUGUCAGCGGCAGACAUAUCAAUAUGGAGCACACUCUACCCCGUAUACUACAAUCCUGAACUAAAGUCAGCGUACCUGGCAGAAUGCUCGCAUAUCACGAGGUGGAUUGAAGAAUUGGCCAGCGCUAAGGCUAUACAGGAAGCUGUAAAACAGUGGGGAGGAUCCGCUGCCGGUCCAUUCGGAUCAUCAUCAGCUCUAGGCAUUCCACAAGUGGCUAGCUUAUCCUCGCCUGUAGGUUCACCGGAUGAGGGCGCUGCAGUCGAGUUAGGUCCCACGGCGGAAGAAAUACAAGCAGCCAAGGACAACUGGCUGAAUGGACGCAAGAAGCUUCAGAAACCAUUAAUUCCAGGGAAAAUAGUAUUACCGGUGAAAGACAGGAAGAAUGUGCUGGUGACGUCGGCGCUACCGUACGUGAACAACGUGCCACAUCUGGGGAACAUCAUCGGAUGCGUGCUCUCUGCUGAUAUCUUCGCGAGGUACUGUCGACUAUGUGACUACAACACAUUGUACAUAUCCGGCACUGACGAGUACGGGACGGCGACAGAAACUAAGGCGUUAGAAGAAGGUAUAACUCCGCGCGAGAUCUGCGACAAAUACUUCGACAUACACAACUCGGUGUAUCGCUGGUUCAAUAUCGGGUUCGACUACUUCGGCAGGACUAGCACGCCGCAACAGACUGAAAUAGCGCAGAGAAUGUUCCUGAAACUAAAAGACAAUGGGUUCGUGAGCUCGCAGUCGGUGGACCAGCUGCUAUGUACCAACUGCGAUCGGUUCCUGGCUGACAGAUUCGUAGAAGGCACAUGUCCGUACCCUGGGUGCGGGUACGAGGAUGCCCGCGGCGACCAGUGCGACAAGUGUGGCAAGUUGAUCACGGCCACCGAGCUGGGCUCCCCCCGCUGCAAGCUCUGCGGGACCACCCCCUCCGUCACCCCCAGCCAACAGCUGUUCAUUGAGUUGGGACAGCUAGAGCCGUCGAUCCGCACAUGGAUAACGUCUACAGAGAAGCAGUGGUCCCCGCCGGCGCGGGCAGUAUCCCGCGCGUGGCUGCGGGAGCCGCUGCGGGCGCGCGCCGUCACCAGGGACCUCAAGUGGGGGGUGCCCGUACCGGUACCCGGGUUCACUAACAAGGUAUUCUACGUGUGGUUCGACGCGCCCAUCGGCUACCUCAGCAUCACGCAGAACGCCACUAAAGAAUUCGAGAAAUGGUGGAAACCGGAUAAAGAGUAUAAUGUGAAACUGUAUCAGUUCAUGGCCAAAGACAACGUGCCGUUCCACUGCAUCAUGUUCCCCGCCACGCUGAUGGGAGUCAACGAGGGACACGUCCUCGUCAGCCACUUGUACGCUACAGAAUACCUGAACUACGAGGAUGGCAAGUUCUCAAAGUCGAGAGGUGUGGGCGUGUUCGGGACAGAUGCACAGGACACAGGUAUACCAUCAGACGUGUGGCGUUUCUACCUGGCUAGCAUCCGACCUGAGACUUCAGACUCAAGUUUCAGCUGGAUAGAACUUGGCACUAGGAACAAUUCGGAGUUACUAAACAACUUGGGUAACUUCUGCCAUCGGUCGCUGAGUUUCUGCGCGAAUACGUUCAAGGGUCGAGUCCCGGACGUGGCAUUCACGCAGGCGGACUAUGAACUCAUCGCCUUAGUUAACAGAGAAGUUGUUGCGUACGUGCAACACAUGGAGAAGGGUCGUCUCCGCGAGGCGCUGCGCCACGUGUUGUCCAUCUCGCGGCUCGGGAACCAGCACAUGCAGUUCCAGCAGCCCUGGGUGCUGCUCAAGGGGUCUGAUGAUGACAAGAAAUGUGGAGCGACAGCGAUAGGUCUAUGCUGUCAGUUGGUGGCGCUACUAUGCGCCCUGCUCACCCCCUACCUGCCCGAGACUACGAGGAAGCUCAGAGAACAGCUCAACCUGAAGCCAGAAGCACUGAGGAUCAAUCCUGAGAAUCCAUCGUUAUUCCAGUAUUUGCCGUCCGGGCAUGUGAUCGGCAAACCGGAGCCGUUGUUCACGAAGAUAGACACCGAGGUACUGUACAAGCUGCGAGCCAAGUACGCCGGGACGCAGAGCGAGAGAGCUAACAAGGAAAACGGUUCAGCAGGAAGCGUUGCGGAGCUUGAGGAAGCUGUGAAACAACAGGGUGAGAAAGUACGCCAAUUAAAAGCGUCAACAAAAGACAAGUCAGUCUGGCAGCCCGAGGUGACCAAGCUGCUGGAGCUGAAGAAGCAGCUCGAGGCUGCAGCGAAGGCACAGGCUGCAGCGCCCCCUGCUGUCGCCAAUGUGGAGAAAUUAGAGAAGGAUAUCGCCGAUCAGGGUGAGAAAGUACGUCAAUUAAAAGCCUCCACAAAAGACAAGUCAGUAUGGCAGCCCGAGGUAACCAAGCUAUUGGAUCUGAAGAAGCAGCUUGCAGACGCGAAGAUCCAAGCUGCAUUACAAGCUACACUCGCUAGGGGGACUGUGGACGCUAGUGCUGUGGAGAAAGCUGUGGCUGAACAAGCGGACAAAGUACGGAAAUUAAAAGCUUCGACAAAGGACAAGGCAGUAUGGCAGCCCGAGGUAGCCAAGCUGCUGGACCUCAAGAAGCAGCUCGCAGACCUACAGAUUAAGAAAUAAAUUAUUAUUUAUUUAUUGAA